AUGCCGCCCGCAGCAGCACCCGGCACCCCUCUCUCGCAAGCCCCACCUCCGCCUCCACUCGUAUCCCUCAAGUCGGCCGCCAGCGCAACGACCACGCAUCCAACCUCACCGCCGCCAUCCUCGCCACCACCGCCUGGACACAACCGCAAUGACCCGUCAUCACAGCCAGCCGCCACCGAUGACGCCGUCGCCAUCCCCGUCACCAUCCACUCGGCGGCACAGCGCGGCGACCUCGCCACCAUCGUCGACCUCGUCCAGUCCGGCACCGCCACCGUAGACCAACGCGACAAGGACGGCAUCACCCCGCUCCACUGGGCGUCCAUCAACGCACAGCUCCACGUCUGCAGGUACCUCAUCGACAACGGCGCACACGUGGACCCGCUCGGAGGCGACCUCGUCGCAAGCCCCCUCCAGUGGGCCGCCAGAAACGGUCACACCUACGUCCUCGAACUCCUCACCAACCACGGCGCAGACCCCACCAUCACAGACUCGCAGGGCUUCAACGCCCUCCACCUCGUCGUACACUCGAGCGCAGUCAUGCCCCUCGUCUACAUCCUCCAGCACCCCGCACUCGCCCAGCCAGAGGGCUUCGACUCGACCGACUCCCAGGGCCACACCGCCCUCAUGUGGGCCGCCUACCAGGGCGACGCCAUCUCCGUCGACAUCCUCCUCAAGCACGGAUCCGACGUACACAAGCGCGACGCAUCCGGCCUCACCGCUAUGCACUGGGCCGUCGUAAAGGGAAACCGCCUCUGCAUCCGCCUCCUCGCACAGGCCAAAUCCGACCUCUGGGCAAAGGAGGCCUCGGGAAAGACGCCCCGCGACAUGGCCAUCGAGCUCAAGUCGAUCGGCGCCUACCGCAAGGCCCUCGCAGACGUCGGCCUCGACGACGACGGUCGCAAAAAGUCGCGCACCUUUGGCGCAUCCACCGACCGCACCGCAAAGCUCGCCGUCAUGGCCGUCCCCUUCACCGCCCUCGGCCUCAUCUUUGCCACCCUCUCCACCCUGCCCUGGUACACAGGCAUACCCCUCGCCAUGGCCGAGUUCUUUGGCAUGCACCACGUCGUCACCCGCGUCAUCCUCGACCCCAUGGAGCACGACUUCCUCCAGCGCUCAAACUACUUUCUGGCCAUCGUCUCGGGCUCGAUUGAGUGGGUGGCGUGGGAGUGGGCCACCAAGCUCGCCUCCAACGUGCCCGGCCACGCCACCGCCAACCUCUUUUUCGCCCUCGCCCUGCUCCUCUGCGCCUGGAACCUCUUUCGCGCCUCGACGCUCGAGCCCGGCUACGCGCCCACGCCCCAGAACCCAGAGGAGCGCAGGGCCGCCGUCUACGCGCUCGCCGCCGAGGGCAGGCUCAACGGCCAGACUUUCUGCGUGUCGUGCAUGGCGCGCAAGCCGCUCCGCAGCAAGCAUUGCAAGCUCUGCCGCCGCUGCGUCGGCCGCCACGACCACCACUGCCCGUGGGUGGCCAACUGCGUCGGCGUCGAAAACCACCGCCAGUUUAUCGUCUUUGUUGCCGCGCUCGUCGUCGGCAUCGUCCUAUUUGGCUAUCUCAGCGCUUCCUACUACUCGAUUCACGCGCCGCCAUAUGAUCCGUUGCCCGACCCGACGUCGGACGCGGCCAUUUGCCACCUGCCCUCGACGCUGCUCUGCUCGGCCGUGGCCUUGGACCCCUUUUUGCUGUCGGUGACGUGCUGGGCGCUCCUGCAGCUGUCGUGGACCGUGGUGCUGCUGUCGGCCCAGGUGUGGCAGAUCUGUCGCCAAAUGACGACGCUCGAGGUGUCCAACCUGGGCCGGUACGGCUACAUGGGCGGCAAGGGCGGCCAGAGCUACUCGGGCCAGCAGGGCAUGAUCGCCCUCCACCUCUCUCGCCAGGGGGCGCCGGCGGGUCAGACGGCCGAAGGUGCGCUAGGCGCACUUCAGGAGUCUGCCGGAGUGGCGGGGCCAGCGGGGGCGAUCAGGAAGCAGGGCGGACUCAAGGGCGGCUGCAAGCGCGGAGGCGACCUGCUGCUCUCGAUUGUCGGUCUCGAUCUCUACACGCGCGGCAAGGCGGGCGAAGGGCUCAAAAAGGCCAAUCGCGCCAGCAACCCCUUCGACGUCGGCGUCGUCGGCAACUGUCUCGACUUUUGGAAGAAGGGCGACGAGCUGGGCAUCCGCUACGAGCGCAUCUACGACGUGCCGCCUGGCGGGUUCACGAGAGGCGGUGGCCGCGCUGCGGGGGCGUUGGGCGGAGACCUCGAGGCCGGCAUGGGUGGGCUAGGAGGGUGGGACGACGGCGCUGGGCAGCCCAAGGAGCGGAAACGGUGGAGCAUGUGGCAGAACCUGCGCGGCAAGCGGGACGGGUACGCCCUGCUUCCGUCUGGCGGUGGAGCCUAG